UAGUGCAGCUGCUAGAACUGGAAAAGAAACACAAACUAGAUUUGCAAGUAUGAGCUAAGAGUGUUUCGUACCAUCCUGUUGCCUUCAUGCAUCUAGUCGGGCUUCACCUCGGAUUUGGGUGCAAGUUAAACAAAAGUACAUGUAAUCCUUUUUCAACAAGUGCCCUGGAGUAGUCACUUCAGUUCAGUGAGGAAUGGCUACAGACAACUUUAUCGAUGUCUGGACAAAGCUCAAAGAUCUGCAUGAACAAGAAGUCCGAGGACUGUACACAAAGUUAACUGAAAUAAACAUGGAGCGAUGUCUUGAUGCACAGAGAUUGGACGAGUUGUUCAGCAAGAACCAUCAGCUGAGGGAACAACACAAGAUAAUGAAUGAUAAUGUCAAGGUUUUGGAAAAUAGGCUCCGAGCGGGUCUUUGUGAUCGAUGUACAGUCACGCAGGAGUUGGCCAGGAAAAAACAACAGGAAUUCGAAACAUCUCAAUUCCAAAACCUUCAGCACAUUUCUGUUCUCACUCAUGAGAUCAAUGGAUUGAAAGAAGAAAACAAGUUACUUCAUCAGGAGCUGCGAAAGUUGAAAUACUUCUUGCAGCAAAGUCAAAGUAUUCCGAGAGGAAACUGUUCCUUGUCGGACAAUAGCAUACCUUUCGAAUCAUCCUUGAACAACAAAAGGAAGCAAAGUUUGGAUGCUGUUCUUAGUCCAAUGUCAGAGCAACAAAGACAUAAACGCGACUUCAGGAUUCCUUCACAAGAAAGCUUCGCAAACCCAAAAAGAUCCCCCUGUCAUAAUCUGCCUGAGCUUUCAUUUUUUGAUCGGCACCCUCAAAGAAUAUCUAACCAGUUACAUGGAACAAUAGCAGUGGUGCAGACUGGCUCUACAUCUUGCUGUGCAUCGGAGAAAGAUGCUGCUUCAGUGGAGUUUGGUGUGAAACUCCAAGAGCAGAGGCAUUAUGAGGAGUCACAGAACUGGUUUAAAGACUGCAGGAGAAAUGAGCACAGUAGAGAGAAAUCUAACACAAUAAUGGAAAAACAAGCUGAAGAAGAAAAGGGUCAAACUGGCCUCUGUACAAAUACUGAGGGAAGUGGCAAUGGAUCGGGGGAGAAACCGCUGGAUUUGUCGGAUUACAGCAAAAAUAAGGAGCCACCUUGGUCCACAUAUAGAAAUGAAUCAUCCAUUCAAUAUGAGUCGAAGAAGGCAAGGUUCAAAGAACCACUUCAGAAGAAAUGCUGUCGUGAUAGUUCAGCAAGAGAAAAUUCCCAGGACAAUAUGCACUCUUAUGAAACAUUCGCCACAAUGGUGAGUGUUGAACCACCCAGUAAGGACAAGGAUAAGACACAGGAUGUGUUGAGCCCUAAAGACGGAUUAAAAAUGAGUGACAAUGAAGACAAAGUGUUCAAGAAUUUGAACAUUGAGGCACAAUAUGACAGCACUUCUAAAUCCAGAGAGACAGACAACAAUCCAAGAAUUAAAAUGAAACUAUGCACAAAGAGACCCAAGACCAGGAAUGGCGGAAAUCCAAGUGUGGAAGUGCAUCUUCGGUUUUUGAACACCCAGCCAGAUUCACAUGAUCCCUCUGAAUGUGAGGCUGAUAAAUUCCAAGAAGCACACGAAAUCCAGGGGAGUAAACCUGAAAAUGAGAAGCAACAAUCUCAACGUAGCGCAGGCCAGCCAAAAAAAAAGAAAAAGAAGAAACCCCAGGACUAUUGGACAUCCGCUGCGUACAAGAGAGGAAGAAGACUUAGAAAAUGUAAACUGACUCAAGCAGUGCACACACAUUCCUCACAAUCCAAUCCAAAAAUCCCAGAAAACAAAGCUUCCAGCCUUUCAGAGUUGAUUUCAGAAGGUCAAAACUAAGAAGAACAUUUAUAUGAAAAUUGGGAAGCAACAGAUUUGAAGAUUGAAGUUCCUCGGAGACCAGAGAGAAUGUAUACAAGAUUUUUUAAUACUGCAGUUCUGUCACUUCUAAUCUUUUUCUCUGCAUUAUCUAAUCUGUCAACUGAGCCUUCCAGCGGGUCGACAGCACAUUUAGAAUUGAACACUUGUACAUGAACAGAAAUUCAUUUCGCUUUUCAUAAUCAGUUGUGUUAUAUACGUAAG